AUGGACGACACCAGGAAACAAACUUGUGAAUCGAUGGUUCUGAACUUCUCUGAGGACCGCGCUCUGACUGAGAUGAUGCGUAUGCGUGUAUCCUCACUGAAGCGCUCGGGUCAGAAGCGGCAGGAGGGCGAGCGGCUGCUGCUUCCUGAUGAGGCCGUGUACCGCCUGGACUUCUCUCACCAAGACCUGAAAUUCCAGCGCUGGAACUUCUCGCUGAGGGCCUACGGCAGAGUCACCAUCACGGGCAUCUCUCAGCACUGGACGCCCGACCUCACCCACCUGAUGAGCCGGCAGCUGCUGGAGCCCAUCGGCACCUUCUGGAGGAACGCAGCCGACCCCCCCGACCUGCCGCUGAAGUGCCUGGAGGCCGACAUGCAGGAGUUUGGGGAGAGAAUCGCGGAGCUGGCCAAGGUGCGCCGGGUCAUGUACUUCCUCCUGGCCUUCAAGGAGGGAGCAGAGGCGGAUAACCUGAGCUGUGCCAUCCACUUCUCUGUAAACACAUGA